GAGACCGAGGCGUACACUUAUCACCUGGCUGACCUGAUCAAAGCCCGGAGCCUAAGGGUUGGUGAACCGGGGCAACGCCUCAGUAUUGUCGAUUUCUGCACAGGAACGGGAUGCAUACCUCUACUUCUUUAUGCUUUGCUUUAUCGGCAGUUUGAGCACUUGGAAGUCCUUGGAGUGGACAUCUCUACUCAAGCUGUCAGCUUGGCCGGGGACAAUAUUGCUCAUAAUGUCAGGCUUGGCCAUCUCCCACCUCCUCGGCCAAAUCAACUCCUCCAUAUUAUACAGCAGGACAUCUUUCAAGAUGCAGUCAUAGAGAAGCUCCAAGGACGCAACUGGGAUGUGAUGGUGUCCAAUCCACCCUACAUAUCCCGGCGAACUUGGAAUCAUGGGGGUGGUCAAAUUGGGCACUCCGUUCGCAAAUAUGAGCCGUCUCUGGCUCUGGUUCCAGGAAACGACAUUCCCAUUCCUGCAAAUUGGGAACACGAAGAUGUCUUUUAUUCUAGGUUGCUGGAUAUUGCCCACAAUUUAAAGCCAAAGGCGAUACUGUUAGAGAUUGGCGAUGAGAUGCAGGCACUUCGGGUUAUAUCCCGAUUUUCCCAGCACAAGCUCUCUACCAAUUCACAUGUAGAGAUUUGGCGAGACUGGCCGGAUUUAGCAUCAAGUCACGAUGAAGAAUCUCCGCUGGAAAUCACAGUGGAUGACGGAACUAGCCAAACUAUUAUAACCAAGGGCAGCGGCAACAUACGAUCCAUCUUCAUCAAACUU